UGCAUGAAACCAAAACUGUCACUAUGUUUUUUUUAAAUUCAUUUUUCGAAAACACCAAUAAUUUACUGUAAAAAACCAGCGAUUACGCUUCGUACGUAAAUUUUGAUGUCGCACCUAAGCAGUGAGUUAUUCAUUACCGCCACCCAAAAAUAGAAGCGAACCUGCAGACAUUAUUACAAUGAACUACGAUAUAAAUAAUAAUGAACUACGAUAUAAAUAAUAGCGUAAUCACCUUAUCAAAAGCAAAUAAGUCGAUAAGACCGAUUCAUUAAUCCCGUUGGGGGGAUUAGCAGAAAUAACCGAUCAAACGGCCAACAUUCGAUACAAAAUGCCUUAUCAAAAAUGACUACACAAUACAUUUCUCAUCUCACAGGUGUCUCCUAACUGUUAACUUAAGUUAACUGAUGUUAAUUCAAUUAACUCUAAAACAUGGGUUAUGAAAUUGAUGCGAGAAAAAGUGAUGUCGGCAUUUUCAUUGAAAAUAGUUGGUUAAACUGAAGUGAAUUAGCUGAAAGUGAACAAGUGCCGAAAUGGAUAACAAUCGCGUCCCACUUAUACAAGGUACCGAUGAUGAACUGCUCGCAGAUUAUCUGGAAAAUGGCACUUUGAAGGACCAUCAACACAGUAGAGAGUCUCUAAGAAGAGCCUAUCACCUAUCAGUGCCUACCAAAGAAACCCUACUUUCAUCACAGAUAAACAUCUACGUAGAGGAGCAUAAACCAAAAAUUCCCGAUGGCGGAUGGGGGUGGUUAGUGGUUCUUAGUUGCCUUUUCAUCAAUCUAGUAUCGGAUGGAGUCGGCAGUACUUUUGGAAUCUUAAACAUGGAGUUUCUCAACGAAUUUCACGCCUCAAAUUCCGCAACUUCUUUCAUCGGCAGUCUUUUCUUAUCGGUACCACUGCUUGCUGGUCCUCUCGGGAGUGCAAUGGUAGACAAAUAUGGAUGCAAGUAUAUGACAAUACUCGGCAGUCUAAUCUGCACCACGGGUUUUGUAAUUAGCGCUUACGUGAAGAGCAUUUGGAUGCUGUAUAUUACUUUCGGUUUCAUUGGUGGCAUUGGAUUCUGCCUCUGUUAUGUAACAGCGGUAGUUUCCAUUGCCUUCUGGUUUGAAAAACGAAGAACAUUAGCUUUGAGCAUUGCAGCAAGUGGUACUGGUUUUGGUACUGUUAUUUAUUCGCCCUUAAUAACAUAUCUGACGAAAGAAUACGGCUGGAGGGGAUCUAUGCUCAUCAUGGCUGGUUUGGGUGCGAAUAUGAUUAUCAGCGGUCUGUUAAUGAAGGACCCUGAUUGGAUCAAAGAGGAUCAGAGGGCUCUAACGGAAAAUGUGCCACCAAAACCAAGACUUACCCCUUCAAAGAAAAAGUACAAAUUUGAAAACGGAAAAGCAGCCAAGUUACCAUCCGGUCGCCGCUGCACUUCAAUGAUAGAAUUGCCAACAUUUCUACCCAAACAAAAACAGCAGCUACCUUUGGAAGCUUUGAAACAGCUGAGCGAACAGAACAAAUUGCGUGGAACAGUUUUUGAAAAUUUGCCGAAAACUUUAGCGUUGAAGAGCGCUUCUGAUAUGGAUCUUCAUGCUGGUACGCAUCCAGUUAAAGGUCCAGUCAGUUUUUCGAACGACAUAAAAGAAGCUGUCCUUGAAGAUGAACGUCAUCAGUCUGGAAAUAUAAUUCCAACAUUAGUACGCAGCAAUUCGACAAAGUCCCAUAGAUCUGAUUCUCUUUCACACAACUAUCUGCAUAACAUCCGUCUGAACAAACAUUCGAUGGGAUACAGAGGGGCAAUGCUGAAUCUCCACAAAUACAAACUGGCUGCAUCCAGUUGUCCCGAUAUCCUCAAGAAUUCUAUGUUGAUGGACGAUGAUGACGAAGAUGAGGAAUGGUAUGAUGAUUACGUCGAUGUGUUAAAGGACAUCACGAACCUUUCGCUCUUCAACGAGUUGCACUUUUUCCUUUUAGGAGUUUCCACAAUAAUUAUGUGCAUUUGGUUCGUUGUCCCAUAUUUUUACUUACCAGUACACAUGACUUCAUCUGGUUACACAGAAAAUGAGGCGUCUUUUGCUUUAUCUCUAAUUGGGUUUACGAAUAUUGCGGGAAUGUUAGGUUUUGGAAUAAUCGGCGACAAGUUGAACGCCGUUAAAGUAUAUUCGAUUUGCCUGAUGUGUUGUGGAGUAACCUGUGCAGCCAUGAUGUACUUUACAGAUAAUUACGUGAUGCUUUUAAUUUCUUGCGGAUUUUUUGGCAUCACUUUUGCUAGUGUUAAUACACUAACACCCUCGAUAUUAGCAGAUUUAGUACCGCUUGAUAAUUUUACCAUGGCCUAUGGGUUGUUUUUGCUCUGCCAAGGUAUAGGAAACUUGGCUGGACCUCCAAUAGCAGGGUUGCUGUAUGACAUUACAAAUACAUACGAACAGUCGUUCUACCAAGCUGGAAUGUGGGUGGUAUUGUCUGGUGUAAUAGUUGGUUUAAUUCCGUAUGUGCCAAAAACGAAAAUUUUCGGAAACGGGGCUUUAAUAAAUAUAUGCUGAUUGACCAUUUUUGUAGCUAUUAAAUAAAAGUUAAUUUAUAUUUUUUAA